GGUCCCGCGUCCCGAAUGCCGCCGCCAAACAAGCCGAUGCUGGAUCGUUAAUCUAUUCGCUCCGCAGACCGCCUCAGGCGAAAGCGAUACGGCCGCCUCCCGGCCGCUCGCUCGAUCACUGUAGCUGCCGAUGUCGCAGGCGAUCGAGAGGAAAAAGUUGUCAAUCCGCUUUCCCGUCUUCCCUUUCUCACGUUCAUCUACUUCGCGGCCGACGACUCUAAAGAUCCAGAUCCUUCUCUAAAACCCUAGCUGCCCAGGACGCAAGGACAUUGUUUCGAGUAAAACCAAGAGGCUUGGCUACCAGGUUUGAAGUUUCCAUUAAUCUCCCUAGAUCUGGCUUAUCGUUCUUUGUGACAGUGAGUUAGCUCGUUAACAAACAGCUUGUUGUUGCAUAGAUGAACACUAUUGGUCUGUCAAUGCAAAUAACAAAGAGACGCAAGAAGAAUGCUUCUGAUGAUAAACGGGAUCUUAAUUUAGAUCUCAAGUAUUCUACAAAAGUAGAGAACCUGCUGCAUGAGGAGACCCCUGAUUGCAAACACCCGUUUCCUUCAAAAACAUCUUUUUCCAGUGGUUCUCAGCAGAAUUAUGCUACUGGAUGGCAGGAAAAGAAUUCCACAUCGGCAAGUGACUGCUUACAUAGUUGUGUUGUUGAUCAAGUGGCAAGAUCAACAACACAACUAUGUAAAUCAGUGGAUGAUGGUGUUACAGUACUCAAUUCUCCAUGUGAAUUUCCAAAGAGGAAGAAUAAGAUGGCAUCUGGAAGGCAGUCUGGAGCCCCAAGCACAAGUGCCACCGCAUCCACAAACACAACGCAAACGGCUGUGUACUGCCCGAUUUGCACGAACCCAUUGUUUCAGCCUUCAACAACGACCUGCGGCCAUAUCUUCUGCCUAAGAUGCAUAAAAGCCUUCAUUCAGGAUCGGAAGAAAUGCCCAACGUGCACGAAGAAACUGAAAGUGACCGAUGUUCAUCUUAUUUACCUUCCCGCAAGAUCAUCCAAUUGACAUGCAUGAUUGCACAUCAGAAACAACCGAAGUCAGCCUCACCAUACUUUCUUUCUAAGAAUUUUCUUGUUUACCAGAUUAAAAGUAGGGUUUUCAGAAUCCAUCAGUCUGUAGUUGGUUUCAUUAUCCAUAGUCAUUUCACCUCUAUGAAAACGAUCAGCAUUCAUAAACUGUUGAUCAAAUAAAACUUGUUAUUUUAUAAGCCUUAA